AUGGCUGUUUUACAGAUCGCGUUUUCAUUAAUUCACGAAUUAUUUGUAGUGGGAUUCGUUGGUUUUCUUUUAAUUUAUGUGUGGUUCAAAUAUAGGUAUACGUACUGGACGAGAAAAGGGGUGACCGGGCCAAAGCCCUCUUUUCCUUUCGGAAAUUUCAAUGGAGUUAUCAGAAGAAAGAAACAGUUCUUUCAACCGUUUUGUGACGCCUAUUUUGAAUAUAAAAAGUUGCCGUAUGUGGGCCUUUAUUCGUUUAAUGUGCCAGUUCUCAGUAUCAACGAUCCUGAUUUGGUGAAGCAAAUUCUUGUGAAAGACUUUGAUAGUUUUCUGUCACAUGGAAUGUCUCCUAAGCCAAACGAUGGGGAUCCCCUAGGAGGACAUUUGUUUAAUCUGUAUGGAUCACAGUGGAAAGCGCUGCGAGCAAAGCUGUCACCGAUGUUUACGACAGGCAAAUUGAAGACGUUUUUCCCAUUAAUCAACAAAGUAGCAGGAGAGGCAUUGGAGUACAGUGAUGUGAUAUAUGAAAAAGGAUUAUCAUUAAAUUUUUCCGAAUUUUAUGCAAAGUACGCUAUGGAAAUCAUCGGCAGUAUCGGUUUUGGAAUUGAAAACGAUGGAUUCAAAAAGGAAACUGAGUUUUUUAAAUUUGGACAUGAAUAUUUUCAGCCGAGCUCAGUUUAUUGGACUCUAACACGAGCUAUAUCCUAUUUUACACCUGGCAUUUUGGAAAAACUACAGCUUAACAGAACCAAUCCAGAAAUCAAUCAGUUCUUUUACGAUCUUGUAAGAGAUACAGUUAAUUAUCGGGAGAAUAAUAAGUACAGCCGCAACGAUUUCAUACAGGCGCUUAUUGAUUUACAAAAGAGCGAAAAAGCAAGUGGAAAUAAGGGAUUUAAGUUUACGUUUACUGACGUCGCGGCAAACGCGAUGUUGUACAUGUUCGCUGGCUACGAUACAUCAGCGACAACGGGAAUGUUUAUGGCCUACGAAUUGGCGCGCAAUCCCGAAAUUCAGACCAAAGUUAGGGAAGAAAUAAAGUGUGUCCUCGCGAAAUACAACGGAGAAAUCACAUUCGAAGCGCAAAAUGACCUUACUUAUAUGAAUAUGGUUAUUGAUGAAACAUUGCGAAAGUAUCCGCCACUACGUGCAUUGUUCCGAAGGUGCAACAAAGACUUCAAAAUGCCCGACAGUGAUUUAGUCAUAGAAAAUGGGACUCUAGUAUUCAUACCAAUACAGGCGAUACAUAUGGACCCAGAUAUUUUUGAGGAUCCGGAGAGAUUUAACCCAGAGCGAUUUACUCCUGAAAGAAAAGCUAAAAUGCAUCCGUGUCAUUGGAUGCCGUUUGGAGAAGGCCCUCGGAAAUGCCUAGGAUUACGCCAAGGGUACAUUCAAUCUAAGGUUGGUCUAAUAAAGCUAUUGACUAACUAUGAAUUAUGUUUGGACAAAAGAACUAUAACUCCUAUAGAAGUUAAAGUAGCUUCCAUGUCUACAGCAGCCGAAGGAGAUAUUUGGAUUAAGUUAAGAAAAUUAGAAAACUGUUAA